CUUCAUCCUCGUCCGCCAACUCUGGCCACCAACCGCCAUCUAUCCCCCGCCUAGCAUCUCCGAAUUUUCUUUUGCCAUGUCUCGAUCGGGAACCACCCUCUAUGUCACCGGCUUUGGCCAUGGCACUCGAGCUCGUGACCUUGCCUACGAAUUCGAACGUUACGGUCGUCUUGUUCGUUGCGACAUUCCUGCGCCCCGUACUCCUUCCAGUCGACUGUUUGCCUUUGUUGAGUAUGAGAGCCGGCGUGAUGCCGACGACGCGUAUCAUGAGAUGCACAACAAGCGCAUCGGACGUGAUGAUCUCCUGAAGAUUGAGUGGGCUCGCACUCCCCCUUCUGCCUCCUGGCGAUUCGAUUCGGGCCGUGACCGCCGUCGUGACCGUACUCCCCCUCGCCGUGGCCGUUCUCCCUCUCCUCGUCGCAGCCGUGGAGAUUACUCCCCGAGACGGGAUGACCGGUACGAACGGGAUCAUGAUCGAGCCGACCGGGACCAUGACCGCCGUGACCGCGAUCGUGAGCAUGAUCGUCGUGACCGCGAUGAUCGCCGCGAUCGUGACCGCGAGCGUUCUCGCGACCGUUCCCGCAGCCCCGAGGACCGGGAGCGCGAUGUUAAGGAGGAUCGUGAGAGACGCGAGGAUGAUCGCGAACGCCGUGAUGAGGAGCGUGAGGUUGUCCCGAACGGUGAUGAUAGGAAAGUACCCUUGGACCCCGUUCCCUCUGCCCAUGAUGAGCUUGAUACUGCCGAGUAGAACAGCUCUGUGCGACUGCUAUGUCUUCAAGCCAUGCUCGAGGGUUGUGGAUUGGUGUCGAUCUGCUUGCAGGUCUCAGUUUGAACACGGCCCGCUACUGACCACGAGUGCCCCCCCCCUGGCAACAGGCUACGUAUCUCGCGGUCUAAUUUGGCGUUUUCCGAAGAUAACUUGGUGUUAGCCUUGUCACACUGCAUGGCCUUUUUCUCAUGAUUUUCUGGUUGAUUGGUUCUUCAUUUGCUGGUCUUCUUCCCUUCUCCUCUGUCUUCCUCUCCCAUCCCUUUCUCUUCGUGCGCCAUACUCGGCGAGCUCGGAUUUUGCGCGGUUCUCUUUUUGUUAUUCCUCACUGGCGGAUAUUCCACAAACGGGUUUCCUCCCUUGUGAUUUUGUUUCCGUGGGUUUUCGUAUUUAUCCUGGUCAGCAGCUCGGACUCCGCCGAAACGAACGUC